UUUGUUUUGUUCGUGCGGAAUCGGAGAGUGGGUUUUGCUUUUAAAUUGCGGGAGAGAGGGUUGCUGAGGUGUACUCCGGGUAUGUUUUUUGCUUACAGAGGAGUGGGUGGUUUGGGUUUUGCGAGAGUGGCAGAGUUCUGGGAGAGGGAUGGUAGUUAUUGUGACUGGACAAUUGGGUUUCUGUUGGUUUCCAGAAACUGGCGAGGAGGGGAGGUUGUGGGAAACUGGCUGGGUGGAGAGCUUUGUCCACCACAAUGGCAUGUGCUCUAUCUGGCAGUGGGGGUCUUGGAGAAGCAAAUCUUGUUUUCAGUGGAUGUUGAAAGCGAGAGGUGGUCAAGGAAGAUAGAGAACGAGAGCAUCAUGGGAACAUCCAGGAAAUUGUAUAAAUCCCUGGCCACGAUGAAACGGAUUGUAAACCCAAGCCUCGUGGACAAGAAUGUUACGACAACUCCCAGCGGCGAGAAGCAGCGACGGUGGGUGCCUUGGAAGACCUCUGUAGAAGACGUCAAAAUGAAGGACGAAUAUCCAAUCCAAGACCAGGAUAUGAAAGAUACAAAAGUAACAAAGGACAUACUGGCUGACUUAAUGAAGAAGGUGGACAACUACCUUUUAAGCUCAACGAAUGACCGGCACAUUAAUUCUGAAAAUUGGGCAGCCCUUCGCAUCCAGACCGCAUUUCGUGCAUUCCUGGCGAGAAGGGCUUUGCGAGCUUUGAAAGGGAUUGUAAGGCUUCAGGCAUUAGUACGGGGCCACACUAUUCGCCGUCAAGCAGCCAUCACUUUGAGGUGCAUGAAAGCUUUAGUUCGGGUACAAGCUCGAAUUCGUGCUCGUCGAGUGAGGAUGUCAGAACAGGGUCAGGCUGUGCAACGCAGCAUAUUCGAGCGCAAGUGUCGAGAGGCAAGGGUCUUGGAAUCUGAGCGUGGUUGGUGUGCAUACUCUGGGACGGUGGAAGACUUGCAAGCCAAACUACAGUUGAAGAAAGAGGGUAUGAUCAAGCGAGAGCGCGCAUUAGCAUAUGCGAGCAUUUAUCAAUGGAGAGUCCCAGAAGUUGAAAACCCACAUGGGUACUACUUCAACCAAGCCAGGCCGGACAAUCAACACUGGGGAUGGAGCUGGUUAGAGCGGUGGAUGGCAGUUCGUCCUUGGGAGAAUCGCAUGCUUGACACCAACAACUUAAAGAAAGACCCUCACUUCACUCACGACACGGAAAGCAGCUUCAGUGGCAGUGGUCCUCAGCGCGCGGCGUCGAAGAUUAUCAAGACGAUUAGUUCAAGAGCAUCAAGCAGUGUUGUUGGCAACACCCGGGAUUGCAGCAGCUUAUGCGGAAGUCUACGUAACUCGCCCUCUAGAUCUAGAGGAAGCCAAUCCUUCCAUCUGCCCUCCACCACAGGAAGGGAAAAGCAGCACCAGCGUGAGCAUGAGGCAUAUUUCGACUACUUAACCUUCAACGCUUCCACAGCUUCAAAAGCACAGCAUAACCGAGCCCCACUAUCGCCCCUGGACGGCAACAUUUCCACUCCGAGACCAACAAAGAGCUACAUGGCAGCCACAAAAUCUGCCAAUGCCAAAGCUAAGCCGCGGGCACAGAGCACACCCAAGCAGAAGCCAACCUCGUCCUCAGUGGCAGAAGACAAGCUAGUGAGUCGGAAGCGCAUGUCAUUUCCUUCUAAGGCCAUCGCUGGAGGGAGCUAUUACUUCACCUCGAAAUUUCCAGUAGCUUCCGAAGAUUUCAAUAUCAAACCACUAACAAAUAGACGAGACGGAUCAAUGCACGUAUUCCCAUCAAAUGUGCACUCUGAACGUCCAUCCUCCAGAAAUAGCGAGUCGAGUUGCGGAGACAGUUGCAAUAACCUGCGCAAGCCAAUUAGAUUAUAAAUAUAGUGUGAGAAUCAAUGGACGCACUGCUGAUCUCUCCACAACAAUCGUUGAAGUAAAAAGAACUUAAACGUUGUCACCUGGUUCAUGAAUUCAAAUUGACGUAGUUCAUGAAUUCAAAUUGACGUAGUUCAUGAAUUCAAAUUGACGUAGUUCAUGAAUUCAAAUUGACGUAGUUCAUGAAUUCAAAUUGACGUAGUUCAUGAAUUCAAAUUGACGUAGUUCAUGAAUUCAAAUUGACGUAGUUCAUGAAUUCAAAUUGACGUAGUUCAUGAAUUCAAAUUGACGUAGUUCAUGAAUUCAAAUUGACGUAGUUCAUGAAUUCAAAUUGACGUAGUUCAUGAAUUCAAAUUGACGUAGUUCAUGAAUUCAAAUUGACGUAGUUCAUGAAUUCAAAUUGACGUAGUUCAUGAAUUCAAAUUGACGUAGUUCAUGAAUUCAAAUUGACGUAGUUCAUGAAUUCAAA